UACAGAUUUCGAGAUGUCGGCAGGAAAGAUUUUUCUAGUACUUCCCUUAUUACUUGUGGUACUUAUCUAUACGACAGGUAAACGCAUUAUUUGUUUCGCAAACAAACAUAUUGAUGAAGCUAUAGAAAAGCAUUUUUAAUGUUCGAACAAGAAACUUAUAGCGAAAAGCACAGUGAUCACAGUAUUUCACAUAAAUCACAUAAAUCCUUUUUUAUUAUCGUUAAUAUUAAAUUAGUAUUAAAUGUUUAGAAUUAGUAAUAUGUAUUUUUAACGUACUUUAAUGUUCAAGAUUUACGUGAAUUUUUCAUACUGCUCUUCAUUGUAAAUGGGAUAUAAAAUAAAUAAUGUGAUUUCCAAAAGUUUCAGCAGAUCAACCUCCUAGAAUAGUCUGUUACUUCAGUAACUGGGCGAUUUAUCGUCCGGAUGUCGGCAGUUACAAAGUAGAUGAUAUUCCGGCUGAUUUGUGUACCCAUCUCAUUUACUCCUUUAUCGGGGUUAGCAAUGUCACUUGGGAGGUGCUUGUCUUGGAUCCAGAACUGGACAUUGAUAAAGGCAAUUUCUUAGCCUUCACCAAUCUCAAAUCUAAGUAUCCUCAUUUAAAAACCUCCGUGGCUAUUGGUGGCUGGGGAGAAGGUGGCAGAAAAUACAGCGCCCUGGUCAGCUCAAAAGAAAGGCGCGAUACUUUCAUCAAAAGCAUAAUUGAAUUCAUAGAUAAAUAUGGUUUUGACGGUUUGGAUCUUGAUUGGGAAUAUCCUGGCGCCUCUGACAGAGGUGGCAAAUUCUCCGACAAGGACAACUUCUUCUACUUUGUCGAAGAAUUGAGACGUGCGUUUAACAAAGAGCACAAAGGAUGGGAGCUGACGAUUGCGGUGCCAUUGGCAAAAUUCCGACUAGACGAAGGAUACCACGUGCCAGAACUAUGCAAACUUAUGGAUGCCGUCCAUGUAAUGGCUUAUGAUCUUCGUGGCAACUGGGCUGGAUUCGCUGAUGUACACAGUCCACUUUAUCGUCGACCGCACGAUCAAUGGGCGUACGAGAAAUUGAAUGUGAACGAUGGUCUUCGACUUUGGGAGGAAAAAGGCUGUCCUGCUAAAAAACUGAUCGUUGGAAUUCCAUUAUAUGGACGUACAUUCACCCUCAGUUCAAGUAACACCAAUUACGAGCCAGGCACUUACAUUAACAAAGAGGCUGGAGGUGGUAAUCCUGGGAACUACACGCAAGCUAAGGGAUUCCUUUCUUAUUACGAAGAACACAGUGGGUUGGUUACGAAAACGAGGAAAGUGUGAAACACAAAAUCGAUUUCUUAAAGAAAUCUGGAUAUGGUGGUGCCAUGGUUUGGGCGAUCGACAUGGACGAUUUUCAAGGACUUUGCGGUCAUAAUAAUCCUUUGAUGAAUAUUAUUUACCAAGACUUGAAAGGAUAUAAAGUAACAAACAAAGACUUCCAUACCACUCCUACACCUGAUUGGGCAAAACCACCAAGUACCACAUCGUCAGAUGAUAUUCAGACUACUCGAAGUACUGAAUCUACUGCUCAAUCUACUCCAUCAAUGAACAAUCCUAUUCAAAGUACUCAAUCUACUUCACCUACGAAACAGCCUGCUCAUCAAUCUACCUCAUCUACUUCUUGCACUGCGGGAGAGGUAGAUAAAUCCGAAUCUACUCAACAGCCGAUAAAUGAUGGUGGCGGAGCGGAGAAUAUCAAUUGUGAAAGUGCUAAUAAAUUCAUUCCGUCGAAAGACUGCCAGAUUUAUUACGAAUGUGCUCACGGAAUACCAGUGAAGUUCACAUGCCCCAACAACUUAAUUUGGAACACAAAGGAUAAUAUUUGUGAUUGGCCGUUCAAUGCUGAUCGAGAAGAGUGCCGAUUAAAAUAAAAUUCAGAGAUUAAGACGCAUUAAAAGAAAGAACUUGACCGUGAUAUUUGAAUGUGGGCCAAAUAAUCGCUUCAUCUUGCUACCGAAUAUGUGAUAUGCAGAAAAUUACGACUAUGUACUAUUUUAUUCAUUCAUUUAUCAUAAUCAUAUCAUGUUGUAAGACAUGUCUGACGAUGAACAUUCAAUAAACAUCACGGUAUUUAUAAAAACAAUUUAAAAAUAUUAUGUUGUAUCAUUGAUUAACUAAGAUAAAUUAGACAUCUAAUGCUUAUUUCAAUCAAUUUUUCCUAAUAUUUUUAAAUAGAUGUUAAUAGUCAA